AGACAGAGAGAGAGAGAGUGAAUGGGAAAGAGAGAUUAUGAGGCAAAAAAGGAGUGCUGUGGAUAAACAUUCAGAUGUUAUUUCGAACAAGGACGCGUUUCAUUGAGCUUGCUGCUCCAAAACUGUUUUCUUACCAUACACACGCGCACACACACACACACACACACACACACACACACACACACACACAAAGAUCAGAGAACGAACGCCGCAGGUUAAGAAUAUAUAUGUAAGUAGAGAAUGAUUGCCACGAUUUGCACUGAAGAAUGUGGACAGAAGAUUGUUUUUAUUUUAUUUUAUUUUUUAUUGCUAUCUAACUAAGUAUUCCUGUGCACUGAAGGGGAAGUUUACUGCAGUUUAUGCCGUAUAAAAAAUAAGUGUAGGGCGGAAUCCAGUUGGUUUCCGGAGCUGGUGACGAAUUUAUUCAUGUUGAAUAAUUUAGAUUAUUUUAAAAGCCAAAUAAAAAAUAAUAAUAAUAAUAAUAAUGAAAACGACUGUCAGCUGUAACUACUGAAAUGUGUAUUUUACUGCGAUGUGAUGCUGCCUUUGGAAAGACAUCUUGUGGAAGAAGCAAAUAAGCCGGCGUUCUUUAUUUCUUUUGAUGAGUACAGAAUAACGCAUUAUUGGGUAUGCCGUGGUAGAGGGAAGCGGUAUAUGAGCAUUCACUUGCCUCACUAGACAGUACACACGUACUACUUUGAUGGUAUACUUUCAAUCUGAAAUCGUAAAAGGUACUGUACUGGGAAACUGGUUCAAGCACUGGACCUCGCCUCGGUUGCUUGGGAUAAUUCUGCUGUUAUUUUAAAGAUUAACUAAAUAAACACAAACCAGGGACAAUGUAAAUGCUGGACCCUUUGGGACGUUUUGAUUGAAAGCAACAGCUUGCACUUGCUGCUCAUGUGCUCAGAUCAGUUUGGAAAUACAUGUGUAUACCGGUAAAUUACCUUCUAACAUUUAGAAGCUACUAAAGAUAUAUAUAUUUUUAUGAACAAUAAACUUGAAGUGACAAAUAUUUUGUUUUGUCCAUGGUUUUUCAGACUCAACACUUCAGCGUGCUUCAUGAUUUUUUUUUUGUUUUUCUGAAUAUGAAAAACGAGCUUUAAAAAAAAAUGAAUUGGACAACAUUUUUUUUUUUUUUUUAAUGACACGGAUUAACAUGAAAUGCUGAACAAUGUGGAUUAUCGGCGACUUUGCCGGAACUUGGAAUACUAAAACAGGCUAACGUCUGUAAACUAAACUGUGUUAGUAAACAUUGUUUCCAGUGAUUUGUUUUUAAUAAAAUCGAAAGUUAAAUCUUCAUAAUUUGAUUGUGGUGAGGCGGUUUAUUUGCAUCCUCUCAAAGCACAAAGCGCCACCCAGCCCCAGCCGGUGAUGUGAUGCCCCGCAGCCACAGCGGAGAUGAGGGCAGCUCUGGGCUCUGGAUGAAAAGCUCACCUGGGCACCGCGCUGAAGUGUACUGCAUGAAGGAUGUGGAGUCCGGCAGAAGGAUGAAGAACUCGACGCAAGCGGGAGACGGCUUGCUACAGGCGGGGACCAUCUUGUCGCAAUCGACUACAGGUGUUGUAGUUCCAGAAAGCCAGAGAGGGAAGCAAGGAGCCCGCUUGAGCCUGCUCGGAAAGCCGAUCUCGUACAGCAGUAGCCAGAGCGGAAGGAGGAACGUCCGCUACCGGAGACUCCAAAACUGCUUGUAUAACGUACUGGAGAGACCCCGAGGAUGGGCUUUCAUCUAUCACGUUUUUGUUUUUAUUCUGGUCUUUGGCUGCUUGGUUCUGUCAGUCUUUUCCACCAUCCCAGAACACACAGAGUUUGCCUCCCAUUGUCUUCUCAUCCUGGAAUUCGUCAUGAUUGUGGUGUUUGGCUUGGAGUAUAUCAUCAGGAUCUGGUCCGCGGGCUGCUGUUGCCGGUACAGGGGGUGGCAGGGCCGGCUUCGCUUUGCAAGAAAACCAUUUUGUGUCAUAGAUAUCAUUGUUCUCAUCGCCUCUGUGGCUGUGGUCUCUGCUGGGAGUCAGGGCAACAUUUUCGCGACAUCAGCACUGAGGAGCCUUCGCUUCCUACAGAUCCUCCGCAUGGUGCGCAUGGACAGGAGAGGGGGGACCUGGAAACUCCUGGGCUCUGUUGUUUACGCACACAGCAAGGAGCUGGUCACAGCUUGGUAUAUUGGAUUUCUAGUUCUCAUAUUUUCAUCAUUUCUCGUCUACCUUGUGGAAAAAGAUGCCAACUCCCAGUUUUCUACCUACGCAGACGCUCUGUGGUGGGGCACAAUUACACUGACCACGAUAGGCUACGGUGACAAGACUCCCCACACGUGGAUGGGAAGACUGCUGUCUGCAGGGUUUGCUCUCCUUGGGAUCUCCUUCUUUGCACUGCCUGCUGGUAUUCUGGGCUCAGGGUUUGCUUUAAAGGUUCAGGAGCAGCAUCGACAGAAACAUUUCGAAAAAAGACGAAACCCGGCAGCCAGCUUAAUUCAGUGUGUAUGGCGUAGUUAUGCGGCUGAUGAGAACUCGGUUUCCAUUGCUACCUGGAAGCCUCAUUUGAAGGCCUUGCAUAUCUGCAGCCCUACAAAGAAAGACCAAGGGGAGACUUCUAGCAGUAAGCUUCUUUGUAAUAAACAGAAGCUCUUCAGGAUGUACACAUCACGGAGACAUAGCCAGAAGUUAAGCUUUAAGGAGCGGGUGCGAAUGGCCAGUCCAAGAGGCCAGAGUAUUAAGAACAGGCAGACGUCAGUAGGGGAUCGCCGGUCGCCCAGCGCUGACAUCACAGUGGAAGGCAGCCCAGCCAAGGUGCAGAAGAGCUGGAGUUUUAAUGACAGAACCCGGUUCAGGCCCUCCUUGAGGCUCAAGAGCCAGUCCAGAACCACACCAGAUGCCGACACCAAUCUGGGGACGGAUGAUGGAUUUGAUGAGAAAGGGUGUCACUGUGACGUAUCAGUGGAGGAUCUCACCCCAGCGCUUAAAGCUGUCAUUAGAGCUGUCAGAAUAAUGAAAUUUCAUGUUGCAAAGAGAAAAUUUAAAGAAACGCUGCGUCCUUACGACGUGAAGGACGUGAUUGAGCAGUAUUCAGCCGGGCACCUGGACAUGCUCUGCAGAAUCAAGAAUCUUCAAACGCGGGUCGACCAAAUUCUUGGCAAAGGACAAAUACCAGGAGAUAAGAAAUCCAGAGAAAAGAUUCUGCCAGAGAGUGAGGCGAUUGAAGACCUAAGCAUGCUAGGACGAGUGUGUAAAGUGGAAAAACAGGUACAGUCCAUAGAAUCCAAGCUGGACUCCCUCUUGGAAAUCUACAGACAGGCUUUACGAAAAGGCUCGGCCUCAGCGCUGACCCUCGCCUCGCUGCAGAUGCCCCUGUUCGAGUUUGAGCCCACCUCUGACUACCAGAGCCCCUUGGACAGCAAAGAUGUCUCCAGCUCAGCGCAGUACAGCAGCGGCGUGUCCAGAUCUGCCAGUGCCAACAUUCCCCGGGGAUUGCAAAUGAUAUUGACGCCAAACGAGCUCAACAAUUCAGCCUACUAUUCUUACUCGCCAACUGUGCAUGGCUUAGCCACGCAGGUGCCAAUGAGCCAGAGUGAGGGGACUAUACCUGUCGUGACACCCAAUAACUUGUCAAGCCAAAUGACUCAACCAUCCAAGCCAGCAGCCCCAACAACCUUGCAGAUCCCCUCUCUGCCAUCCCUUAAGCAUAUCAACAGGCCCAUAAACAUUAUUCCAGUCACCACACAGGAGGGUGCCUCUGACGUCACCGCCUGCCUGGUUGCUUCAACGGGUAAUGGACAGACUGCACAGCCCAAUGCAAAAGAGAAGGGCUCGUGGAGAAGGCACGUGGGCCUGGAGGGGGAAGCCUCGGUUUCAGGGCCCUCGGCGACAGACAGAGUCUUGGAGAAGUCGCUUUCUGUUCAAGACCUGAUGCAGUCCACGGAGGAGCUCCACACAAACCACUCGAGCAGUGACUCAAGCGGCUCAGGAGGAAGCCAGGAGAUCUAUCCUGAUUGGAAGAACGCAAAGCUGUUCAUAACAGACAAGGAGUUGGACUCAGGAACCACGACAGAGGGCUUUGAUUUCCUCACACAAUCCACAGUGGACACAACACCCCACUGACUUUCAGAGGCCUGGAAUAGGAAGAUCAUCUCAAAGUAUUGGCGAAACUGGGGACGACUCCCUCAGCCUGCCUCAUGUCCGACUAAAAUAGCACCACACAGGAGAGUUUUGUUUGUAAACCAAGUACUUCCUUUAAUCAUACAUAUCAUUGCAUGGACGAUUCUAAAAAAAAAUCUGAAGAAACUUGCAAGAAUCUGAAAGAAUCCAAAAGGCAGUUGUAUGAGCCCAUAAUCUCCUAGCUGCAUGACAUGUGCAUGUUUAAAUUAACAGUGCAUUUAAUUAAUACAUCAAGCCCUUCCAUUUAGCAAGAGUACAAAGAGAUUUAGCUGUAAUCUUUCGAGCUAAUGCAACAGGGAUCAGCCAAAUCCUAAUGAUUGGACUUACUAAAAUUACUGCUGCUUCUCAGCUGCAGCAGUCAUGAAAAAAGGAGAUAUCUUAGCGUUUUACAUUCUGGUGGGAAAAACUAAAAAUAAAAUCCUACUGUUAGUGAGUAAUACAGUAUUUUAUGUUUACAAUGAAAUAUCUUAAGUACAGCUGCUAGCAAAGGUACUGAGAAAAACAGAAUGGUAUGGCUGCUACUUACAAAACACACAUUAGGUCAUUACUCUUUGGUUGAAUGCUCAUUUCUGUAUAUUUUUGGUUAAUCAGUGAGUGGUGUGCACAGCGACACUAUCAGGGUGUUCUCAAGAACAUACUUUUCAUACAAAAUGUACAUUUUUUCGAGGAUUUAUUAUUAUACUGCAGUGGAAAGGAAGUCACUUCAAUCUUAACUGAGGCUUUAAAUGCCUGGCAAACUCUGGCAAACAGUUGUAAGUUUCCCUCAUUUUUUUUUUUUUUUAAACGUAUUCUUGGAUGUUACUCAACAGCUUUGCAACAUGAAAGUUAAUGACAUACUGUCGAAUGUAUAUAUCAUUAUGUUAAUAUGUGUAUGAGAUGUCUGAUGGGUAGCAGUGUACUACAGUGUAUGCUUAAACAAAUGCCAACAGGUAGGUCCAGCAGGCUGCCUUGAAGCACAAUUUGCUCUGAAGUGAUCUGCUAAGUAAUGCAAAGUGCAUACCGAUUUUGUAAUGUUCUGCUACAAGCUAUGUAUGAAAACCAUGAUAACCCUGAAUAAACAGACACACAAUUUAAGACUGCUUAAAGCAGGACGGCAAAGAACAUUUUUCAGCAGCUCAGUAACAUUAACUUAUUUGGCAUAUGUUGUACAUUGUAAAUGAUAAAGGAUUAUGAUUUUUAAUGAAUGUCCACAUUUAGCCAAGCUCAGUCUCUAAAACUGUUGUAUAUCAUACACACUAUACCGAUUUAAUGGUUUAUUUCCCUUCUUUGAUCAAAUAUGCUUUAACGGUGCCUUUCUUGCAUACUGUUUUAAUUUUUUAUUCAAACUGUUACAGGUCUCCAGUGAUAGGGACUUCUAUGAUAUCACACAAACUGUUAUGUGUUAGAAAAUUCUGAUUCCUGCUGCGCACCUGAAACAUCACGGCAGUUAAUUAUACGAGAAUAUCUUUUGUUUUUUUAAGAAAACUAAUUAUUUCACUGGUAAUUUAUUACACAGAACUGGCCUUAACUUACGUGCUUGAAAAUUUUAAGGUUUUGUUUUUAUCUAAUUUAUUUCAAGAAAAUAUGUGCACAUAACAGAGAUAUUCCAUAAACUCUGUAAGAAAAACAAAUGCAAAAUGACCUUUUGUCUCAUACUUCAAUAAACCAGGACAAUUUAAAGUUAUACUUUUUGUGUUAUUUCAA